AUGAAGAGAAAGAGUCGAUCCACUCCGCCAAAGAGGAUGAUGUCGUUUUCUUUUAGAUGCCGGAUGGGAAUCAUAAGGGGACGAGCCAAAGAUGAGGGACCAUACUCGAAGGGGAGCAAGGACUUGGGACCAUGUGACCAAUCACAUUCCACCCAGCGGCACAGUCUUUCAGAGGAGUACAGAGGAGUGACCACUGUGGAGCUGAUGAAAAGAGAAGGGAGCAGCCUCGGCCUCACCAUCUCUGGAGGGUCAGACAAAGACGGAAAGCCCAGAGUGUCCAAUCUACGUCCCGGUGGGCUCGCUGCCAGGAGUGACCAGCUGAAUGUGGGAGACUACAUCAAAUCAGUCAAUGGCAUUAACUUGUCAAAACUUCGUCAUGAUGAGAUUAUUAGUUUGCUCAAAAACAUCGGAGAGAGAGUCGUGCUGGAGGUGGAGUAUGAGCUGCCCCCUUUUGUUCAAAACCCCUCAGGAGUCGUCACUAAGACCAUAGAUGUGUGUUUGCACAAAGAGGGAAACAGCUUUGGCUUUGUAAUGAGAGGAGGUUUCCAUGAAGACUGGCGCAGGUCCCGCCCUCUUGUUGUGACCUAUGUCCGGCCUGGUGGUCCUGCUGACAGAGAGGGCACACUGAAAGUUGGUGACCGUUUGUUGAGCAUUGAUGGGAUGCCAUUGAACAGAGAGAAACACGCGGAUGCUCUGACCGUCCUGAUGCAGAGCGCUCAGGAGGCUCUGUUCCUGAUUGAGUACGACGUCUCUGUCAUGGAGGCAGUCCAACAAGCCUCGGGCCCUCUGCUGGUGGAGAUAGUGCGAGGCCUGUCAUCGAGCCUGGGGAUCAGCCUCACCACAGCCAUCUACAGAAAUAAACAAGUCAUUAUUAUAGACAAGAUCAAGCCAGCCAGUGUGGUGGAAAGGUGUGGAGCGCUGCAUGUUGGGGACAUCAUACUGGCCAUAGACGGGACCAGCACAGAGCACUGUUCACUGAUGGAGGCCACACAGCUCCUCGCCAGCUCUGGGGACGUCAUCAAGUUGGAGAUACUUCCCGCCAAUCAGAGCAGACUUCCUCUCAGGCCACAAGACACAG